CACCAGCAUCCUCGGCGGCGAGAGGGAUCAAUCCUGCUCGGCCGGGGCAUGGAGCCGUGGCAAGGCCAGGUUGUCCCACGGCGCAGAUCUCCCUGCUCGGCUCGCUCGGGUCCAGCGGAGAGGCAGAGCCGGCACCGGUCCGUAAUGGGCACCCUGAGGUGGCUCUGCUGGGCUGGACUGGGCUACCUGAGCUGCUGCGGUCCCCCCCGGGUGCAGGCGCAGUUCCCUCGUGCCUGCAUGUCGGCGGAUGCCCUUCGCUUGAAGCGCUGCUGCCCGGCCUUGGGGACGGAGCCGGGCAACGUCUGCGGGUCCCUGCAGGGCAGGGGACGGUGUCAGGGGGUGCGGGCGGACGCUCGGCCCUGGAGCGGCCCCUACACCCUUCGAAACGUGGACGACCGGGAACGGUGGCCCCUCAAGUUCUUCAACCAGAGCUGUCGGUGCGCAGGAAACUUCGCUGGCUAUAACUGUGGUGACUGCAAGUUUGGCUGGACCGGCCCCGAGUGCAACGUGAGGAAGCCAGCGGUUGUCAGGAAGGAUGUCCACUCCCUGACGGCAGAGGAGAGGGAGCAGUUCUUUGAUGCUCUGGACCGUGCAAAGACAACCGUUCACCCAGACUAUGUAAUUGCAACUCAGCACUGGAUAAGUCUGCUUGGUCCCACCGGAGAGGAACCGCAAAUUGCCAACUGUAGUAUUUAUAACUACUUUGUAUGGCUUCAUUACUACUCGGUCAGAGACACGCUUUUAGGACCUGGCCGCCCCUUCACAGGUAUUGAUUUCUCCCAUCAAGGACCUGCCUUUGUUACUUGGCAUAGGUACCAUUUGCUGUUGCUGGAGAGAGACCUGCAGCGACUGAUAGGCAAUGACUCCUUCGCGCUGCCCUACUGGAACUUUGCCACGGGUAGAAACGAGUGCGACGUUUGCACGGACCAGCUCUUCGGAGCAUCGCAGCCGGAUGACCCGGGGCUGAUCAGCCUGAGCUCCAGGUUCUCCCGGUGGCAAAUAGUUUGUAACAGCUUGGAUGACUACAACCGCCUGGUCACGCUGUGCAACGGGAGUGACGAAGGGCCGCUGCGGCGGAGACCGCCCGGGACCUCCAGCGAGCAGCUGCCCACUGCCGAGGACAUCAGGAGGUGCCUUUCCCUGCGGGAGUUCGACAGCCCCCCUUUUUUCCGCAAUUCCAGUUUCAGUUUCAGGAAUGCGCUGGAGGGCUUUGAUAAACCAGGUGGAGCCCUUAAUUCGCCGAUGCUGAGCCUUCAUAAUUUGGCUCACUCUUUCCUGAAUGGGACCAGCGUUCUCCCUCACGCAGCUGCCAACGAUCCCAUCUUUGUGGUUCUUCACUCCUUUACCGAUGCCAUCUUUGACGAGUGGAUGAAGCGGUUUAACCCUGCUGACAACGCCUGGCCCGAGGAGCUGGCGCCCAUCGGUCACAACAGGCUGUAUAACAUGGUCCCUUUUUUCCCUCCCGUGACCAACGACGAGCUCUUCCAAACUGCGGAGCAGCUCGGCUACACCUAUGCCAUUGACCUGCCAGGUUCACUUGAAGAAACCCAAGCAUGGGCUGUCAUGGUUGGAUCCACAAUUGGAGGAGCACUUAUAGCUCUGGCCACGCUCGUUCUGCUGCUUGUACUUUUCCAGCACCAGAGGCAGAGAAGAGGUUUUGAACCACUGAUGAAUGUGAGCUUCAGCCCCAAAAAGUACAUGGAAGAAGCCUAAUGCCCUCGUUUUGUUUCUUUGCUUAUCCUUGUAGGAAGUGACCUUGAUUGCCUUACUGAGAUCUUAGCUGAGAAUUUCUUACACACUCCUUUGGCAGCUGACUACAUUGUUCUCAUUCAGGUUUUCCCAUUAUCUUGUGAAUUGUAAUAUAUAAAGUCUCUGGGUACACAUGUGCAAGGCCCAAGACAGGCCAGGCUUUUCUCAUUACCAAACAUUAUCUGGAGCGUGUGACACUUGUAAGUCAUCCUCUAUAGAUUUAGAUCAAGACAGGUAAGAAUCUAAAUAGAAGAAAACCAACCCGAAUAACCAAGAUAAUUUUUCACCUCAAUGUGUUUUUUAUUUCAUUUAGCAGCUCAGAGAUGUGCUGAAAGUUACUAACUCUACAUAUAUAUUAGAAUAACAUAAUAUUUUACAGCUAUCAAUAAAUAUUCUGAAUAAUG